AUGUCGCAAAGUGACCGUGUUACUGAUUUGAUUAUGCACUACUAUAUGGAGCAUGGACGGAAUAGGGAUCUGGAAAAGUAUCUUCGCCUUCGACGAAUGUCCAAUGCAACGCGUUCAUCCAGUGAUGGUAGUCUCCCAUGUUUGGACGAAAUGCAGCGCAGGGUUUGCAUGGGUGUCGCUGCCGACCGGUCCGGGGCAGGAAGGUCAAUGGAAAACCUAUCUACGUUGCGGAAGAAGGCAGACCAGCAACGGCUCGAUGAGAGCGAAAAGUCGUUACGAAAUGCGUCCGCAGAAAGUGCAAAAUCCUUAGCAACAAGUCCAGGAGAUAAAGUAGGCGCUGCUACUUCCACGGACACAAAAGGAGUAACUGUCAAGGAGAAGAAAGUAGAACAGAAGACGGGCAGAAAUUUCAACUUUAAUCUCGAGUCAGUUAUUGAAAUUAAUCUUCCACCUCCACCGACCAUUACAUUAAGCGCCCCUGGGUCAACCACCGUUGCUCCGAUAACGUACACUCAACCGGAACCGCUUCCACAAGUGCAGCCGAUCGGAAUACAAAGCCCUCCCCGGGUCGUGUUGCAUGAAACCAGCACCCAAACGGCGGCCUCCGAGGACGAUCCAAUUCGGCCCGUCGUGAAAGCACACACCGCUGGAAAUGCUGAUGCUGAAGCGCUGGAUAGCACCAAAGACCUAUCGCCAGUCAGUAGCAUCGCCUCGAACAAGCAGAGAUUAGAGUGGGAUUCCUUGGGAGACAUAGGGUAUGAUUCAAGCGAGCGGUUACAAUUCUGUGGAGCUUCAGAUCUGAACGAAACGGAAAAGCGUUGUCUUCAGCGUUAUUUUGCUCGCAAAGGGCUCACAUUCGAUCGAAGCGUAAUAGUUGUGCGUCAAAGAGAAGAGAAAGACAAGAAAUUCGUUCGCCCUAACGCGGACGUUUCCAUAAUGACUGCUAAACCGGAAGCUCAAAGUACACCGAAGGUGCCUAGCAACGCGUUCGUUGCUCGGGAAGAAGCUAAAUCCACGCAAACUUCGCUCCGUUCACGUGGAACGGAAUCUCGAGGCAUUCAAGUAUCGCAAGGGCCGCGGCAAGAAAGCAUUCGACCAAGCGAUGAACACCAUCGCCAGGAUAAAGCAAUUGGUACGACGGAUAGCCUCACGCUCGCUUCGGUGGAUGCCGCGGAGAGCUUUGAAUUCUUUUCACCGUCGGUACCGGAAACAGGAAACAACACUCCAUCCGUGGCGGCCUCCCUGUCGACACCGGCUCACUCGUCGUCGACAACUUCCUCGUCCGCCGCGAAUGGGGCCACGUCCAGCAAUCGUUCGUUACGGCCAACCUUCGAUGAUGAAGUGAAGCUCGGAUUGACGCUGUACAACUCGAUUUGCGAGCUAAAGAGCAUGCCUACAGGUGUGAAGGAAAGUUUGAUCGAUAAAAUAUUUCGCAAACUUUCGCGACACGAUCCAAAAAGGAGGACACGGCAACAGCUGCUGCUCGAUUAUGCGAAGGCUGUUCGUAGGCCAGAUGAACGCGUGGCAAGCAGACCAGAAGCUGACGAACGGCACGAGAACGUGUAUGAUGACGUGAGUCCUUGCGUCGAGGAGAUCGACCCAACGGAUAGUAACAGUCCUCAGAUGGAGCGAAGCUUGGAUGUGGUGGAGGUGGUAGAAGAAACCAUAGCCUCAAAGACGGAAGCUAGUAGCGAAAGUGUGUCCGUUGGGUCAGUUAAGGAGUCUACCUCCGGGUCGAAUGAAGCGAAAAAUGACUUCCAUCAUUCGUCCUCUGGAGGGUUUGCUUCGGUUGAGAAUUCGUCGCACCGGACGGUAUCUUCGCAGCCCGAGUCCGGAGGGACUACCAAACAAAAUCUUCCUCGAAAGAUGUCCGCUCCAGAAGCUAGGGAUCGUCGCAUGCGCAAAGCCAUGCAAGAUUAUCUUAAGCCCAUGACCACAUCCGAGGUUGAAUACGAAAAUUUUCGCCAAAUGCAGAAUCGAGCUGUUGAACAUCGUGCCAAAGAUUCGCAGCUUGUACAGAUCGACCGGGAGAUAGAACAAUUGCUGGUAAAGAAAAUGUUACUUCUCAACACAGGCUCCACAUCAGCGGGACCCACAUUGCCGGUGAAGGAGAUACCGUGUAAACCGGCCAUUUCAGUUCCACUUGCAAGUGAGCGUAGUGGGACGGUUUAUACGUCGGUACAUGAGCCAAUUUCUGCUAGUAGUACCUCAAAGGAUUCCAGUUCCGCUUGGAACUCGCACUAUCACAUGGCGAAGGCUAUUAAAAAUCGAUCAAAACUCGAAACGCCAACCGGGCUUACAUCGACUCCUUCGGACGUUAGUAUACCGACGUUCAUCAAGCAGAAGAAAGAUCAAUUCGUUGAAAACUACGAGCAGAUUCGAAAACGAAGGGCAUUUGAAGAACAAAAUCAUAUUUAUACACGCCCAUAUAGCAGCGGUGGCCAUCGAAAUGAUAACAGGCGUCAGCAGGAUAAGGAGAAUCAUGGCUUCGCUAAGGCGCGAUACGGCAUGAGUAAAAUAUCGAAGGGACCUAAUGCUGCCCUCAGAGGAUGCUUGUCCUCGGGCAAUACCGUUUUGUCACCGGAGUUCAUAUCUUCAGACUCGAUAUCUAUACCCGUCGUAACGACGCUAACCAACACCACAACGACACACCAUUAUGAUAUCAAGUCGAGGGUGCCUUCUCCUACGGCGACGAAGGGCCGCUCUGCCGGAACACAAACGACGGAUUCCAUUCUGCGAACGAAACCGAUCUUCGGAAAAACAAAACAGAAACACACCUCCGUGGCAGCGUCCGUGCAGGCGCCAUCUGAGGCGGACGUACAAGUGCCUCCUGGUGUUUCGGGAGUCCAAUGUAACUGCCCAUGUAGCCAACAGCAAAGGCGCGUAGAUUGUCGAAUGAGAAGUCAUGCCGUGUCUGGAAGGACGGAAAUCAUCGAUGGAACUGCCGCGCGGCAAGAUAAGCAGGCUCAAACAAAACCGUCGUCCAUUGCAUACGUCAUCACUUUUGAGGGAACACCUUCUGAGCGGAAAGCCAGACAGUCAGUAGAAACUCCGGAACCAUCAUCAAGCAUGGCUACCAGCGAAAGUGAGCCGGAAAAUGGAAAAGAUAACGAAUCGGAGAAGAUGUUAACUCUGCGGGAACAAUUCCGCCGGUCAUGUCCGGCAACGCUUACUCGGAUUGAGGAACGGCGGCAAUGUAUCAGUGAGUUGAACAAGCUGCGUAACAAGCGAAAUCAACAGCGACAGCGGUUACUGCUGCUCACAUCAGAUGACUCGUUGCGCAGGACGACCAAGAUAGGAAAAGGAAAAUUACCACCGCCACCUCUAAGCCAGCGACGAGUGUUCCCAUCAACACGUGCUAUUCGAGAGAACACCCGCAAGCAAGUGCGUAACUUACCAGAAGUUCAACGGAAGAAAGAGAUCGAGCGUUUCAACAACCUUAAGCGCAAGAAUCGCAUAUUGAAGGACGUGUACAACAAGAAUCUACAACGAAAAGUACUGAAAGGACAUGUUGAUCUUUCGAACAGUGUUCGAGUAAUUCAGGAUUAA